AUGGCCGCCGCCUUUGUCGUAGCCUUGUUGGCUCUGUCUCGUACUGCUACCGCCUCGCCCGUCAAAGCUCCCGAGAGAACCAACGGAUACUGCAAGCAGUUGGACAUCCCGGUGUUCGCUUCCGCAGACAGCGCCAUCUACGACCACCGGAGAGUGGACAGCAACAUUGAAGCACGAGCUUGGGCCAUCUACGAAGACACCUGGAGCACUCCCCAGGGCGUGCAGACUGUCGUCAAAAACACCACGACGGCCGGAACUUUCAAUAUCCACGCCCAGCUGUGCGUCCCCAAAGCCCCUGCGGCGAAAAAGGACAUUCUACAAAUCGCGACCCACGGCGCACACUAUGACGGGAGGUAUUGGGACCCUGAGCUCCAACGGGACAACCUGUCGUAUGUUGAAGCGUCGCUCAGAGCAGGAUACUCGAUCCUCACGUACGACCGCCUCGGAGCCGGGCAAUCGGACCAUCCAGACGCGUACAAUGUGGUGCAAGCGCCGCUGGAGCUCGAGAUUCUUCGACAGUUGACGUUGAUGGCGCGCAACGGGACCAUUUACAGCCUCGCAGCAAAAGCACAGCCUGCGACGGCGCAGUUCAACUCGUUGGCCGCCCCCAACAAAAUCGUCCAUGUCGGCCACAGUUUCGGAUCGUUCCUCACUUCGGCGUUGGUGGCCAAAUAUCCCACUCUGACCGACGGGGUUAUCAUCACCGGCUACUUUUACGGCAAAUACCUGGGUGCGCCGGGCAUGGCGUCGUGGGGUGUUGACUUUGCCGCCACGAGCUCCCCUCCCUUUGACCGACCAAGCGGGUACGUCGUGUGCCAGAAGACCGGGAUCCAAAAUCUCUUCUUCGGGGGUGAUCCCGCCACGGCCUUCACCCAAGAGAUGUUUGAUUACGGCGACGCGCUCAAGCAGCCCGUGCCUGUGGCAGAGUUGGCCUCGGCCUUCCACAUCAUCGGUCUGCAGGGUCCCGGCCUCAACGCGCCGGUGCAGUACAUGCUGGCCGAAUUCGACUUUUACAUCUGCGACGGCGACUGCAAGGGGGCGUACGAACCGCAGGCUUUGAGGGCGACGUACCCCAACGCCGCCGUGGUGGAGGACUAUAUCCAGCCCAACACGGGGCAUGCGUUUACGCUGCACAACAACGCCACGGCGGGGUACCAGGUGACUUUUGACUUUUUGGAGCGGAACGGAUUGUGA